CCCCCUCCUCCAGGGGCUGAGAAGAAGCAGUACAGUGUCCGCUGGCAGCCUCUCAGUCUGAAGGAGGCCCAGGCCAUGCUGUUGAAGAAAGCUCUGACGCAUGGGGGGCGGGGCAACAAGAUGGCCGCCCUCCUGAUGAAACACAUCGAUUCAGAGAGGAAGAAACUCAGCUCGGCCGCUCCCUCCGCCUCCCCCUCUUCAUCCUCCCCCUCCUCUUCCUCGGCCCCGCAGGAAGGCAGGACCAGGGUGAAGAGCUUCCACACUCAGAAGGGCCAGUACAGCAUCCAGAUCACCAGUCCUGCAGCCAGCGGACAGACCCCCCUCCAGCACCUGCCGCGAGGAGGAGGAAGAGCGGAGCGCAUCAAGGUGCUCUUCACGCCGACCGUGUGCAAGGUGCGCUGCAGCCAGGGUCGCUGCACCAACUUCUGCGAGCGUGGGAACGUGACCACGCUGUACAACAGCGAGCUGCCGGGGGACGCCACGGGAAGCCAAUCGGGGACUGGCUUCAGAGUCUUCUUGUGUCCGAUGCUGUGCAAGAACGGGGGCGUGUGCAUCCAGAAGGACCGCUGUCUGUGCCCGCCCACCUUCACCGGCAAGUUCUGUCACAUCCCCAUCACUUCAUCCUCCUCAACCAAUGACAUUGAGAAGCCGCCGUCCAGCCCCGCCGUGCUGUCCAAUGGGGAGCUUCUGACCCAGUCGGAGUACAUCCUCCCCCUGGGCAGCCAUCCAAUCGGGCAGAACCUGACCAGGAGCCAGAGCCAGAGCCAGUCUGGAGCUCCUGCGUCCGGCUCAUCCAUGGUGAAGGUGCGUGUCCAGCACCCUGCCGAGGCCUCGGUGAAGAUCCACCAGGUCUUGAAGGUGGGCUACGGCCCCAACGGCAGGGAGCACUCAGAGACUGUCACCUGGUCUUCCGGACUCUCGGGGUCGAGAACCAGCGUUGUGCAGGGAGGGAGGUCCGAGGCGGAGCCGCCAUCUCGGGUCCAGUCUGCCAAGGUCCAGUCCCAGCCUGCUAAGGUCCAAGCCCAAACCCUGAGGGGAAAGGGAACCUACACAGAAGCUUCUGGGUUCAAGUACUGCUUCAGAGAUGUCCGCAAUGGACAGUGCAGUUCCCCCCUCCCUGGACUCAGGAGCCAAGACAGCUGCUGUCGGGGCCUAGGCAAGGCCUGGGGCAUCAACGAGUGUGUUCUCUGUCCCCCUAACGCAGGAAGUUGGGUGAAUAACAGCUGUCCAACAGGGUUUGAGAGGAUCAAUGGCACUCAGUGUGUUGAUGUGAAUGAGUGUUUGCAGCCGGGCUUCUGUGAGAACGGGAACUGUGUCAACACUAGGGGCAGCCACAGUUGUGUCUGCAAGACAGGGUUCAUUCUGGACGCCUUGCACAGCAUCUGCAUCUCCCAGAACGUGAUCUCAGAGGUGAAGGGUCAGUGCUACCGCGUGUUGGAUUCUGGCCGGGGCCCUGGUUCUUGCUCCCUGCACAUCUUGAAGAACAUCACCAAGCAGAUCUGCUGUUGCAGCCGCGUGGGCAAAGCCUGGGGCCAGGACUGUGAACGCUGCCCAUACUUUGGAUCAGUGGGUUUCAAAGAGAUCUGUCCAGCAGGACCGGGCUACCACUACUCUGCCUCGGCCAUCCAGUUCAACCAGCGCGUGGCGGAGCAGCACGGCACAGGAGGGCCCCCUGUGGUGCCCUCUGGCAGGGGCUCUGUCACCACGCAGCAGCCUGCAAGUGGUGGCCAGGCUAGACCGUUACAGCCUGCAAGUACCGGCUCCAACCAGCCUGCAAGUGGCCAGGCUAGGCCAUUACAGCCUGCAAGUACUGGCUCCAACCAGCCUGCAAGUGGUGGCCAGGCUAGGCCGUUACAGCCUGCAAGUACCGGCUCCAACCAGCCUGCAAGUGGUGGCCAGGCUAGGCCAUUACGGCCUGCAAGUACCGGCUCUAACCAGCCUGCAAGUGGUGGCCAGGCUAGGCCAUUACAGCCUGCAAGUACUGGCUCCAACCAACCUGCAAGUGGUGGCCACACCAAGGCGCAACAGCCUGCAACUGGUGGCCAGGCCAGGCCGUUACAGCCUGCAAGUACUGGCUCCAACCAGCCUGCAAGUGGUGGCCAAGCUAGGCCAUUACAGCCUGCAAAUACUGGCUCCAACCAGCUUGCAAGUGGUGGCCAGGCUAGGCCAUUACAGCCUGCAAGUACUGGUUCCAACCAGCCUGCAAGUGGUGGCCAGGCUAGGCCGUUACAGCCUGCAAGUACUGGCUCCAACCAGCGUGUCAGCUCUGGCUCUACCAGGACACAACACCCAACCGGUAGUGGUUCAGCUUCCACACCAACCAGGCCCAAACAUCCAUCCAGCACAGGCUCACAGACCACUCCACUGCGACCUCUGCAGCCAUCUAGCGGAGGUCUUCCCCCCCUGCAAACUAGGCCCCAGGCCCCAGCCAACACAGGGUCCCAGCCCUCCCAGAUCAAGCCUGGCGAUGGAGGUUCUCUCCUCCUAGAAACCAGCCCUGCACAACCAUCCAGCAGUGGGUUACCCUCUCCUCCAACCAGGCCUCAGCAACCAUCCAGGACCAGCCUGCUCCAGCCCCAGCAGCCCGUCAGCAGAGGCUCUCUGACCCCAAGCAAGCCUCCACUCCCUGCCUCCUCCUCCACAGCCAGACCUGCCAGAGUAACAGCUCGUCCUCCCGCCCAGACCCAACGGCCUUCAGCGGACCGGCGGCCUGUUUCUCCUGUCACACAGAGACCAGACGUACCGAGGCCAGUGCGUGGUGUGUGUGAGACCAGGCCUCAGGUGUGUGGGCACGGUCGUUGCGUGGACCAGCCUGGAGGGAGACACAUCUGUGUUUGUGAUGAGGGUUACCAGCCCUCCGCCCUGCAGACGUACUGCCAAGACAUAGACGAGUGCAGGAGAUCCCCCCCUCCCUGUGGAGGUGGAAGGUGCCAGAACACUGAGGGGAGCUACAGGUGCAUCUGUCCUGCAGGGUACAACUCUGAUCCACAGGGCACCAGCUGUAGUGACGUGGAUGAAUGUCAGCAGGCUCCUAGCCCCUGCCCCAACGGUCGCUGUGACAACACACCUGGAAGCUUCAAGUGUGUGUGUCGCCCUGGAUACAAGCUGGAGGGCAAUGCCUGCACAGAUGUGGAUGAGUGUGAGGAUCCUCUCAGGUGUCCAGGUCAGGAGUGUGUUAACUCUGCAGGCUCCUACAGGUGUUUGUCCUGUCAGCCAGGCUUCGGCCUGCUCAACGGGCAAUGUUCAGAUAUAGACGAGUGUCGUCAGAGCCCCUGUACCAACGGUCGCUGUGAGAACACGCCUGGGAGUUUUAAGUGUGUGUGUCGGACUGGGUACAAACUGCAGGGGAACACCUGCACAGAUGUGGAUGAGUGUCUGGAGCCGUCCCAGUGCCCCGGCCAGACCUGCGUCAACUCUCAGGGCUCGUACAGGUGUGUGUCCUGCAAGCCUGGCUUCCAGCUCACACACAGACAGUGCACAGACGUAGAUGAGUGUUCCCAGACUCCCUCUCCGUGUGCUAACGGUCGCUGUGAGAACCUCCUAGGAAGCUACACGUGUGUGUGUCAGACUGGCUACAGCCUGCAAGACAACACCUGCCAGGAUGUGGAUGAAUGUGGGAACGCCCUGCGGUGUCCGGGGCAGGAGUGUGUCAACUCGCAGGGCUCCUUCACGUGUGUGGCCUGUAAGUCUGGCUUCCAGCUCACAGACGGCCAGUGUUCAGAUGUCGAUGAGUGUCGUCAGAGCCCCUGUACCAACAGCCGCUGCGAGAACACACCUGGCAGCUUCAAGUGUGUGUGUCGAACAGGCUUCAAACUGCAGGACGCAAACUGCACAGACAUAGAUGAGUGUGCAGAGCCGUCUCAGUGUCCGGGACAGGAGUGUGUGAACUCUGAGGGCUCGUACAGGUGUGUCCCCUGCAGGACUGGACACAGUGUGAGGGCUGGGGUGUGCUCAGAUGUAGAUGAGUGUGAGCAGGCCCAGGCGUGCUCUUCGGACAGGGUGUGUGUGAACACGGACGGAUCGUACCGCUGCGACUGCCAGCCGGGGUACAGGACCACCGGCCUGGGACGACACUGCAGAGACAUCAACGAGUGUCUGGAGGGCUCCUUCUGCUUCCCGCAGGGCGAGUGUGUGAACGCGCUGGGCUCCUACAGCUGUGUGUGUGCCCAGGGUUACACCACCUCCGCUAACGGCACCACCUGCCAGGAUGUGGACGAGUGUGCCGGGCCAGACGCGUGCCAGGACGGGCGCUGUGUCAACACCCAGGGAUCCUUCCUGUGCCGGUGCCAAGCUGGCUUCACCAGCAGCCCGGAGAGCAACGCCUGUCUGGACGUGGAUGAGUGUGUGGACUCGGGCGGGGCAGUGUGUGGCUCACAGCGCUGUGACAACACCAUUGGCUCGUACCGCUGCGUGACAUCCUGUGAGCCCGGGUACCGUGUCACCCGCACUGGCGAGUGUGUCGAUAUAAACGAGUGUGCUAAUGAGACAGUGUGUGGGGAGCAUGCCUUCUGCCAGAACCUGAUUGGAACCUUCCAGUGUGUGUGUGACCGAGGCUACACCUCCAGCAGCGAUGGGAAGGCCUGCUCGGAUGAGAACGAGUGUGAGACCAUGCAGGGGGUGUGUGGCGCGGCUCGCUGCGAGAACGUGGACGGCUCCUUCAUGUGCGAGUGUCCGGAGGGGGCGGAGUUUGACACGCGCUCAGGCCAAUGUGUCACCAGGCCCCUCCCAGGACAACCCACGUUUACCGGCGUCUCUUCCUCCUCAUCCUCCUCCUCCCUGUCCCCCCAGCCCCGCCAGCCUGGACGAGGGGCGGAGGCAGGCUCACUAGCGCCCCCCCGGCCGGGCGAGGUCAGGGAGUGUUACUACAACGUGGCAGACGAGGGCUCCUGCAGCCGGCUCAACACCAAGAACAACUUCCUGUAG